AUGCAAAUUGAUCCUUUGGCCGAGUAUUACUUUCAGCAUGAACCACAGACAAUUUGUGGCCAAGAAGUUACAGCUAUUAUCGAUGAAUAUGUCGACAACUAUCCCUCUGUGGUAGAUCGUUUCUUUACACGUUACUAUUACAUAAAGAAGAGCGGCAGUGAUAAGUCACCAUAUCAAGUACUGUUUCACUCAAAUCGUAUUUGUUUGAUAUCCCUGGCACCGGAACAUCCUGCAUAUAGCAAUGGAAUUGCUAGUCUAAAUUUUGAUAUAGGACAAACGGAUAGAGCAAAAAACACAGUAAAGGGAAAAGGAAAAAAGGGUGGUAUGGUGUUGCAACAUGAUUCAACAUUGGCUUUGUUGACCACAAAAUCUGGAGAAGUUUAUAAAAUUCCAAGUUGUGUCCGUAGCAAACUUGUUGAAGUGAACACAACAUAUUCCGAAAAUCCUGAAAGUUUACUCACAGCUGAGGAGGGAGCAAAUUAUAUAGCUAUUGUACUGCCAAAACCCGAACAUUGUGAAGAUAUUAAGGCAAGCCUUAUGACACAGGAACAAUAUGACGAAUAUAAGAAACAAUUGAUGGAAACUUCGACUGAAGAAGUGGAAAAAUAAUAAUUGUAACAUAAACUAAUUGUAUUUGUAGAGCACUCUUGUAAGUUUUUUUUUAAUUUUUAAAUAAAUACUAUAAAUAGUUGUA